GCAAUCAAAACCAAGCGUGCAAAAUGGAUGACAGAAAGAACUCGAAUCACUCAAACCAGCACAGUGACAGCUCACAUUCAAUGCACAAGAAAAGGAGGCGAGAGAGCGACAGCAGCAACAAUGACUCUGACGACAGCUACAUUCCAUAUGUGCCUCUCAAAGAGAGGCGCAAGCAACAGCUCUCACGGCUGGGGCGUCUGCACGCCAUCAUGCAAGAAGAGAAGCGAGACCGCUCUGGGGGAAGCACGGCGACGGAUGACGAGGACGACCAGCGCGAUGAGUACGGCCGCAAGUCCAACGUCAGCCUGCUCGACCAACACACGGAACUCAAGAAGAAAGCGGAAGCCCGGAAAGAGAGUGCCCUGGAGAAGCAGCUCAAGGAAGAAGAGAAAAUUCUGGAGAGUGUGGCCGAACGCAGAGCUCUCAUGGGAGUUGCCGAGUUGGCCAAGGGCAUCCAGUACGACCAGCCGAUACAGACUGGGUGGAGGCCUCCGGCCUACUUGACGAGCAUGCUGCCCAAGCAGCAAGAGGACAUCCGCAAAAAGUUCCACAUCCUGGUGGAAGGGGAAGGCAUCCCGUCGCCCAUCACCACCUUCAAGGAGAUGAAGUUUCCCCGGACAAUCCUGGCUAGUCUGCGCCGCAAGGGCAUCACGCAGCCGACACCUAUCCAGAUGCAAGGACUGCCUGCCGUGUUGUCAGGACGAGACAUGAUUGGCAUUGCCUUCACGGGCUCUGGCAAGACUCUUGUCUUCGUGCUGCCCCUGCUCAUGUUCUGCCUGGAGCAGGAGAAGCGGCUGCCCUUUGUGCAGAACGAGGGCCCCUACGGCCUGGUGGUGUGCCCGUCGAGAGAGCUGGCCAAGCAGACGUUUGAGAUUGUGAGCUUCUUUGUGCGUGCCCUGGAGGAGGCGGGCUACCCAAGUCUGCGAGGCUGCCUCUGCAUCGGGGGCACCUCCGUCCGGGAACAGCUCGAAAUAGUGCGCAGGGGAGUGCAUGUGAUGGUGGCCACUCCGGGCCGCCUCAUGGACAUGCUGGACAAGAAGAUGGUCAACUUGGACAUGUGUCGCUACCUGUGCCUGGACGAGGCCGACCGCAUGAUUGACAUGGGCUUCGAGGAGGACGUCCGUACCAUCUUCUCUUUCUUCAAGGGCCAGCGGCAGACGCUGCUCUUCUCGGCCACCAUGCCUAAGAAGAUCCAGAACUUUGCCCGCAGCGCCCUGGUCAAGCCGAUCACGGUGAACGUGGGCCGGGCGGGCGCUGCCAGCCUGGACGUGGUGCAGGAGGUGGAGUAUGUCAAGCAGGAGGCCAAGAUUGUGCACCUCCUCGAAACGCUGCAGAAGACGGCCCCUCCGGUACUCAUCUUCGCCGAGAAAAAGCAAGACGUGGAUGCUAUUCACGAGUACCUUCUGCUCAAAGGAGUGGAGGCUGUGGCUAUCCACGGGGGAAAAGACCAAGAGGAGCGGUCACGAGCAGUCGAUGCCUUUCGGCGAGCUGAAAAAGAUGUCUUGGUGGCUACAGACGUUGCGUCCAAAGGCCUCGACUUCGAGAACAUCCAGCACGUCAUUAACUAUGACAUGCCCGAGGAUAUUGAGAACUACGUUCACCGCAUUGGGCGUACGGGACGCUCGGGCCGGAUGGGCAUUGCAACAACAUUCAUCAACAAGGCGUGUGACGAGUCUGUGCUGUUGGACAUGAAGCACCUGCUGCUGGAGGCUAAGCAGAAGGUGCCCCCAUUCCUGCUGGCCCUGCAGUCGGAGAACGAGAAGUACCUGGAGCUCGGAGAGGAACGUGGCUGCUCCUACUGUGGGGGUUUGGGUCAUCGGAUCACAGACUGUCCCAAGUUGGAGGCUAUGCAGAGCAAGCAAGCAUCCAACAUUGGUCGCAGAGACUACCUGGCCAACAACAGCGCAGACUGGUGAUGUGGACAAUAAACUGUUGAUUUCCAAGUUUC